UCCUGCAUAUAAACCCCCCUCCCAUUUCACCUGAAACACACACACUCUUUCACUUACUUCUUCAAACCCUCAAAACCCUAACCAAACCAUGAGAGAAAUCCUCCACAUCCAAGGCGGCCAAUGCGGCAACCAGAUCGGAGCCAAGUUCUGGGAGGUGGUCUGCGCGGAGCACGGCAUCGACUCCACCGGCCGUUACACCGGCGACCAGGAUCUCCAACUCGAGCGUGUCAACGUCUACUACAACGAAGCCAGUUGCGGCAGGUUCGUUCCACGCGCCAUUCUUAUGGACCUUGAGCCUGGUACCAUGGACAGUGUCCGAUCCGGCCCCUGCGGUCAGAUAUUUCGGCCGGAUAACUUCGUGUUCGGUCAGUCCGGUGCCGGGAAUAACUGGGCGAAAGGGCAUUACACGGAAGGAGCGGAGUUGAUCGAUUCGGUUCUUGAUGUUGUCAGGAAGGAGGCUGAGAAUUGUGAUUGCCUUCAAGGAUUUCAGGUAUGCCAUUCAUUGGGUGGUGGCACAGGGUCCGGAAUGGGGACUUUGCUGAUAUCCAAGGUAAGGGAGGAGUAUCCGGACCGGAUGAUGCUCACCUUCUCGGUUUUCCCGUCACCCAAGGUGUCCGACACAGUGGUCGAGCCCUACAAUGCCACCCUAUCGGUGCAUCAACUGGUCGAGAAUGCAGACGAAUGCAUGGUCCUCGACAAUGAGGCUCUUUAUGAUAUCUGUUUCCGUACACUCAAGCUCACCACUCCCAGCUUUGGAGAUUUGAACCACUUAAUCUCCGCCACCAUGAGCGGUGUCACCUGCUGCCUCCGCUUCCCAGGUCAACUAAACUCCGACCUCCGCAAGCUUGCAGUCAACCUAAUCCCAUUCCCUCGGCUCCACUUCUUCAUGGUCGGGUUCGCACCCCUAACCUCGCGUGGGUCCCAGCAAUACCGCGCUCUCACAGUACCCGAGCUCACCCAACAAAUGUGGGAUGCCAAAAACAUGAUGUGUGCAGCCGAUCCCCGCCACGGCCGCUACUUAACCGCUUCAGCCAUGUUCCGCGGUAAAAUGAGCACUAAAGAGGUGGAUGAACAAAUGAUCAAUGUACAAAACAAGAACUCGUCUUACUUUGUUGAAUGGAUCCCAAACAAUGUGAAGUCAACCGUUUGUGACAUCCCACCAACGGGUCUGAAAAUGGCGUCCACGUUUAUUGGAAACUCGACAUCGAUUCAGGAAAUGUUUAGGCGUGUGAGCGAGCAGUUUACCGCCAUGUUUAGGAGAAAGGCUUUCUUGCAUUGGUACACAGGUGAAGGAAUGGAUGAGAUGGAGUUUACUGAAGCUGAAAGUAACAUGAAUGAUUUGGUUUCGGAGUAUCAACAAUACCAAGAUGCAACUGCUGAUGAGGAAGGUGAGUACGAGGAAGAUGAAGAGGGGUACGAGGAGGAAGAGGCUUGAAAAAUAUAAUGCUAAUAUGGGUGUUUGUGUCUUAGGUUAAGUUUGGUAUAAUGGUAUAUGUUUUGUGGGAGUUUACUGAUUGGUUGGUGAUGAAGUAUAUGAGCUUCUAUAGAGUGUUGCUUUCUUAAAUGUGUGUGUGCUAAUGUAUUGGUAGUUUACUGUUUUUGAAACAUAAAGUAUAAUAUAACAAUGAGUGUCGUUAUUUAUUUUUAA